UGGAAGCCGUGGCGUAAAAACCUCGGCAGCAGCGAACGCCUAGCAUUUCUGUUCGAGUUCACGCCGCCACCGCCUGCGCCUCCCGACGCGGUUGCCGAUCCGCCCAUUCCGCCGCAACCCCUCUCCCGACGCCGCGCGCCCCAGCCGCCCGUGGCCCGGCCAUGGAGCGCGCUGCCGGGGAGGCGGGCGCCCCCACGCCGGCGGCGAGAGGGGGAGCGGCAGCGCCAGCGGGAGCGGGGGCAGGAGGAGGGAUGGUGAAGGGGAAGUCCUGCAAGGGCUGCCUCUACUACUCGUCGGCGCUCAGGUCGCGAGCGCGUGGCCCCGUCUGCGUCGGCGUCACCCGCGCCAUUCCCCAAGUUUCUGAGCGUAUGGUUGGAGAACUUGAACUGGAAGCUAUCCAAGAAGGUCGCUAUCUUGCAGAUUUCAGAUAUGGAUGCAUUGGCUAUUCAAUGUACUUAGAUGACAAGGAAACUCCCACAGGGAUACGAGAUAAGGCACGUGCACAACUACCUGUUUGUGCUGGAGUUGAGCUAUUGGCAGAUAGAAAAGUCCCAACAAAUGUUAAGAAAGAAGAUCUAAAACGACGUCAUUACAAACCAGGGCAACCAGGGCACGUGGGAGAUGAUUUCUUAACUAAAUUUCAGAGGAAUGCAGGGCUUGUGGCGAAUGGUGUGGCUAAGAACCUGAAUAGAGUUGGGACCUACAUCAAAGACACUGUGGGUGAUAUGAUGCAGCCUUACCGCAAGCGUCCCAAAUAAAACAUAGACCUGUCUCCCCUAAAGACCUAAAUCCUGUAUGGGAGUAAACAUUAGAUGACCAGGAACGUCGGAGCAAUCACUCCCCGCAUACACCGGGCACAGCAGUAGUUUUCUUUUGUUUUUUGAAGCCCUAGAAAAUUGAGAAGAAUUAUUGUUUAGCCAAUUGGAGCAUGUUAUCCACUAGCUGUUGGGGCUUUGAUUUCGCGUUGUCUCGUAGCCCCACUGCCUCGCCCCAUUUGGGAGCGAUUGUUAUUUCACUAGGUCCCUCCAGUAAUGUACAGGAUGUCAUGUAAUAAAACAUUAAAACAGCCCCGUCUCGUCCCUCUUGAGAAUAGUAGCGUAGUGCUGUUGAGGGUUCCAGUGAUGUAUUUUCUUGGAGCAUUGCAGUAUCUGGGUACGUAGAGGAUGUUCGAACUGACUCAUAUUUCGUUGUUCCGCUGAACUCUUCAUCAGAUGAUAAUGGACCUUGGCCAUCUGGCGUGCUUGGUUUUUUUA